UGCGUCGUCGAAAGCAGGCGUUUUCUCGCGCGCGGUGGAUUUUAGUGGUGAUCGCGUGCCUUGUUGUCUCUCUAUCUCUCUGUUCAGGAUGAAAGAGAUGAAUGAUAUUUUUCCUGAUUACCAUGACGGAGAGUUUCUGGCUCCUAAAAGCGGGGCAAAGCUGGCCUCUCUCUUUGGUCUGUGCCAAGCUGAGUCUGAAGGAAAUGAAACUUUCAAGUUCACUGCCCCUAAGCAGCCCAAAAAAGUCCCCUCCGCUCUUGGUCCACCACUUCAGAAACGAGCACCUCCUCCACCAGCUCCAGCUGUCUUACUGGCUGUUGCUGUCCAUACAUUUCGCUUUGUGAACGGACAAUAUGUGACACAUGGCAAGUUGGGCGCGGCCAUCCUGGGAAACCAUGUGAACAAAGAGUAUAAAAUCUUGCUGUAUGGCAGUCAACAGAAACAAAUCACUACAGCGCGAAUUCACCAUGGAUUUGUUUUCACGGUUCAGCCGGGUAACUACACUGCCUUCUAUGAUGAUCAUCGGCAAAGCUGGUCUCUGAAGUUUGACUCGGAGGAAGCUAGAAUAGAUUUCUGUAAAGCGGUGUGUGUGGCCAGGUGGAACAGUCAGACCUGCAGGGACACGCUGCUGACUCAGGACUUGGUCCAUGGCAAGGGACAGACUGUCGGCAUGGGGGACACAGUGGAUGUGGCCUUGUCUAGCUGGCUGCUUCAGAAUCAUGCUAUAGGACAGUUAUCCGAGUCCAGCUCAUGCAGAGACGAGCUCCAGCGAGUGAGCCUGGGCUCUGACACGCCUCUGAUGGGAUGGGAAAUGGGGAUGUUGGGUAUGCAGAAAGGAGGUCGACGUCUUAUAAUUGUUCCCUCCAGCAUGAGUUAUGUGUCAAAAGGUGAUCCAGACUGUCUGCCACCCUCCAGCACACUUGUGUUUGCUGUGGAGGUUCAUCAGGUUAAUUUCUCCAAAGAUGUAGACUGCCUUGCUUCAGGAUCUACAGACAGCAACAAGUUGCCAGUCCCUGCUCUAGAUGGAAACGUUGAGAGUUCACUCCAGUGUGCUUUGGGCAGCUCUGACCAAGGACAUAAAGCAUCGAUCAAGCGCCCAAGUCUAAAUGAGCUUCCAAGGCUUCCAGAUGUAGAUAAAGCCAAGCUCAUCUCCCGCAUGGCUAAAAUGGGGCAGCUGACACUGCCGUUCCUUACGACACCAAGCAAGUCAGUGACAGAGGAAAGCAGAGACUCUACAUCAGCAUGUGGUUCAUCAGCCCAAGCUGCUGCUUCAUCUCUACUGCCUGUAGAAACGGUUUCAUCUGCAGUCUCCUCGAAAACUGCAGCCGUCCAACACCCAGAGGCUAUGAACACAAACACAGCUCAAGACGUGCAUGCCUACUCAGAUCCAACGUUCCAGCCUUAUUCUGUAUCCCAGCUGCAACCUUUCACGUUAUCCUUUCCACCCCAGCACACAGCUUACCUGCCCGACCUCGGCUCCUUCAUGAUGACUGAGGCACGGCAGCAUAAUACUGAAAUCCGCUUAGCUGUUGCAAGAGUGACUGACAAAAUUGACUACUUGGCAUCUAAGGUGGAUGAACUACAUAAACAUGGCAUCAGCUCUUUGGCUCUGUCCAGUGGAUCUCUGGAAACAGCCAUGACCCUAUACAACAUCCAGAGAGUUAUUCAGGAAAAUUCCAGUCUGGAGACAGGCUCUAGAGAGGAGGAACAGCACUGUAAAACAGGAGAGCUUGCUGACCAGAGGUGUAUGGAGAGAAGCAGCUUGCUAUUGGAACAGACAAAUAGCGUUCUUCAGAGCAGCAGUCAUCAUGCCAGGCUUCUACAUGCUGAGCAGGAGAAGGUGCGUUUGGCUGAAGAGUUGGACGUCUUCUCCUCUCGUGUGUGUAAGAUGCAGCAGGAGGCAGAUGGUCUCCAGCAGAAGGUGACAGAGCUGCAAGCCGAGCUCACUGCCGUCCUGCAGAAAAGCCAGAGCCGGUGUGAUCUGAUCACUACUCUAGAGUCUAAGGUGGAAGAGCUGGAGAAGGAGGUUGCGCAGUCUCAGCAGCAGUGGAGAGAAGAGAAACAGAAGCGCAGAAAGAUGGAAUGGACAAUGACCAACAUGGAGGAGGAGAUUCGAGACCUGGGUGCAGAGAACCAGAGCCUUAACCAGUUUCUGUCAGACAGGAAGAGGAAGUGGCAGCAGGAACGAGAGCGCUUUCUAUUGGAGCUGGAGGAGCAGCGUAGCAGCAGUGAUCAGGAACAGCAGCAGCUCCUUGAGCAGCUCAGGAGAGCCAGAGUACAGGCUGGAAUACACAGCAGAGCACAGCUGGAGUGUCAGGAGAGGUGUGAUGCAGCACUGAAGCAACGGAAUUCAAAACUGGAAGAAGCGAAUACUCUGCUACAAAAACAGAAUGCAAAAUUACAGAAGGACCUGGAGAGAGAGAGACAGCAACUUGAGGCCCAGCUGGCUGUACAGGUGAAAUGGCUGAUGAAUGAGCUGUACCACUCUCUGAGAGCACAGUUUGAUCUGCAGGAGUCUCAGCCUGGGGAAUCGGUCCUGAAGAUAGUCCUCAGUACCAUCAAGUGUGUAACUAUGCAAUUCCUUAAGAAGCAAAAGCCUGAGGAAGAGGAGGAGGAGGAGGAGUACAUCUCUGCAGAAGAACAAGAAAGUGAAAGAAUGAAAGAACAUGGAAUAAAACAUGAAGAAUUGGAAAGCCCCCAGAGCCUGGAUCACACCUACACAACAGCAUAUGAAGUCAACAGUCUAGAAACUUCUGAAGUGAGCGGCGAUGCGUCAUUAGCUUCAGAUAUCGAGAAGCAGAGGCCAUUGAACUCAGAGUGAAAGGUCUGAAAGGGAAAUAAAACAGUAACUGAACCUUCACUCAUUCACUCAGUGACUGAUCUAAAGGGGCAAACAAAGGUGGUGUAGAAAUGGACACACACACCAACCAGGUCAGUAGUGUGUGCAAGCAGGAGACUCACUGAACAUGCAACAGCCCUAAAACUAGAGGAAGGACUUCAUAUACUGGAAUAAUUGCAGAAUUUUAAGUAUUAUUAUAUAGGUUAUACUGACAUGAACAGAUCUAAUGUCUCUAUAUUGAUCUCAUUUUUCUUUAUAUGAUGAAACAGCAGCUACAUAUAACAAGACUAGGCAAGAUUGUAAUAUGUAAUUUACAGCUGUAUUUAUUCUGUUAAAUAAAAGAUUUUAAUAACAUUUUU